AUGCGGGGGCUGCUGGCGAUGGUCCUCCACUGCUGCUGCUGUUGCUGGCUGCCCGGCGCCCAGGGCAAGACCCUGCGGGGCAGCUUCAGCAGCAUCUCGGCUCGGGAGGCCCGGGGCCAGACCAUCGGCCACUUCCAGUUCCGCGGUGACCAUCCUCUUCUGUGUGUCAGAAUCAACAACAUAGCAACAGCUGUUGGAAAAGAAGCUAAACUUUACCUAUUCCAAGCACAGGAAUGGUUCAUGCUGCAGGAAAGUACCCAGGAUUACAGCUGCACAGAAAAAUUUUCCAAAGCUCAGCUGACAGUGGCCUUAAAUAACACAGAACAUAAUCUAACCUUAUCCCAGAUUCCAUAUCCACAAACGUGGUAUGUGUUUUAUGUGGACAAGUUUACAUGCAAAGAAGACCACGAUAAUUCUGAGUUGGAAGAUAUCCCAUAUGAAAUGGUGUUACUAAAUCCAGAUGCUGAAGGGAAUCCAUUUGAUCAUUUUAGUGCUGGAGAAUCAGGGUUACAUGAAUUCUUUUUCCUCCUUGUCCUAGUGUACUUUGUGGCUGCUUGCAUUUACGCUCAGUCACUGUGGCAGACAAUAAAGAAAGGAGGACCCAUGCAUACAGUCUUAAAGGUGCUGACAACUGCAUUGCUGUUGCAGGCUGGUUCAGCUUUUGCUAAUUACCUUCAUUUCUCCAGUUACUCCAAAGAUGGCAUAGGUGCUCCUUUAAUAGGUAGUUUGGCAGAAUUGUGUGACAUAGCUUCCCAGGUACAGAUGAUGUACUUACUGCUGAGUCUGUGCAUGGGUUGGACAUUAGGCCGAAUGAAGAAGUCUCCAAGUCGGCCCCUCCAGUGGGAUUCUACACCAACGUCCACUGGCAUAGCAGUCGUCACUGUCAUCACACAGAGCAUAUUGCUGUUGUGGGAGCAGUUUGAAGAUACCAACCACCACAGUUACCACGCACACCACAGCUUAGCCGGAACGCUUCUCAUCAUUUUAAGGGUUUGCUUAGCAUUGUCACUGGGCGGUGGUCUCUACCAGAUCAUCAUGGUGGAAAGAAGUACACUGAAAAGGGAGUUCUACAUUACAUUUGCCAAAGGCUGCCUCCUAUGGUUUUUAUGCCACCCAGUUCUUGCAGCGAUAGCUAUGAUUUUAAAUGACUACCAAAGAGAAAAGGUUGUUACCAUGGGUGUUAUCCUCUGCCAAUCUGUUUCUAUGGUUAUCCUCUACCGACUUUUUCUGUCUCAUAGUCUGUACUGGGAAGUUUCUUCACUGUCUUCGGUAACACUACCACUGACAGUAGCAUCUGGACACAAAAGCCGACCGCAUUUCUGAUCUGUGGUUAAGGGCAAAGUAGAUACAUUUGAGAGGAGGGGCAAUAAGGAUCUCUUUCACCACUCUGCAUUCACUCUGUGAGAAAGCUGAACAAUAAAAGCAGAGUAAGCUAUUGGUUCUGCAACAGAGCAGUAUCCAAAAUGAAAAAAUCCCGUGGAAGAAACGGAGUCAUGAAGUGUAUUUAAAAUGGGAACUUUUAAAGAGACAUUGUUCUUUAAUGAGCAGUCAUUUCUGAACAGAAACAAAGGAGAAAAAAGCUGUUUACAGUUUUGUUUGAGAUUCUUUUCACUACAUGUUUCUUCAUCUUGUAUCAAUAUAGCUGACUCAGGUUUGAAGGCUUUAUAAAGAGUAAUCAGUUAAAUGAUUACCUGCUCAAACAUGUCUAAAUUGCCUCCUUAUGAAAUCAGUGUAAUGCACUUGAGGAAGAGUUGCUUUCUUUCAGGAAAUACAGUUUGUGUUUAAGUUUGAAGGGCUUGGAAAAGAAAAUCACUUCAGGAUAUGAAUGUAAAAUGUUCACAGUUAAUGGUUAUAAGCCUGUCUUUGUGCAAUGGGGAAAAAUCACACCUUUUCUACCACUAUGAGCUGUGGUUCUUUUCUUAUGACAAAUAUUUUUAAUAAAAUUAAAUUUUUAAAUAUUAUAUGGGUGAGAUAGGCUAAGUGCUCAGAAGAAAGCUGUUAGUAAAUUAUAACACUGAGGUGAAGAAAACAGCAGUUGGCAUGUUUGAAAAGAAAAAAGGAAAAUGAAAUGUGUGAUAUGGUACUAGAAUUUUAAUCCUGAUAUAAUUCAUUUCUCUUACACUGAAUCCUCAAUCAUAAUUAAGCCAUAUACGCAGAUUAAAUUAACAGAAGCAUUUCACAUAAAUGUGGGUUUCAGUCAUCAACUAACCAUGAAUUCCUGCCCAAGGAUACUUAAUCAGGAUUAAAUUUUCUAUGAAUAAUUGAAAAACAAAAUACUCACUGGAUUUGUUAUAAUCCAUGUUGGCACUGUGUUCUAAGUAGUUGCCAUCUUGAAUCCAUUGUAAUAAAGCCAUACUUACAUUGCCUGAGUUUUGAGAAUGCCAAUUUAAAAAUAUACUUUCUAGAAGUACGUGUUUAUUGGAAGUGUGAUUAAAUGUUUGACAAUUGAAAAUCUCCUCUCUAC